GCACGGUGCGCCCCCUGAUGCGGGGUGGGCAAGUAUUGAUUGGGUCGGCGCGUUGGUCGCGACGUCCGUGUCCAGAGUGCAAGAAGAGAGGGUGGCGGAAUCGGCAGGCGCCAUCACGCGGGGCCACCGCGACCGUCGUCUGAAGGGCCGUCCAGCCAGUGGCCGCGAUCUCGAUUCACCGAAAAGAUGGUCAUGAUGGCUGGCAUGGACGACCACGAGCGAAAAGUCGUCGCCGAGUUCUGCCACCUGCUCGAGAAGAGCAAGCAGCUGUUCAACGGGCUACGGGAUCUGCCACAGUACGGGCACAAGCAGUGGCAGGGCUACUUCGGGCGCACCUUUGACAUCUACACGAAGUUGUGGAAGUUCCAACAGCAGCACAGGACGGUACUCGACACGAAGUACGGCCUGAAGAGGUGGCAGAUCGGCGAGAUCGCGAGCAAGAUCGGCCAACUCUACUACCACUAUUACCUUCGCACCAGCGAGACCAGCUACCUUCACGAGGCCUACUCGUUCUACGCGGCGAUCCGCGGCCGCGCGUACUACAGCCGCGCUGCCAAGGAGGACAGAAGCGACCUGAUGGUGAAGAAGCUCAGGUACUACGCCCGUUUCAUCGUCGUCUGCCUGCUGUUGAACCGCAUGAAGCUCGUCCGUGAACUGGUCCAAGAGCUGGACGCCCAGAUCGCCGAUUACACCAGCACCUACGAGCCCGAGGAUCAACUCGAGUGGAACCUGGUUCUCGACGAGAUCAAGGCGUUCGUGAAGGCCGAGUCGACCGUCGGAGUGGUGCACUCGGACACGAACCCGGUUAUACUUACCCACAGGCUGGGUCCACAGACCUCGCCCCCGAUCGAACGUACGCCACCCAUGUGCCUAUCCCUGCAGGAGAUCCUGAUCGUCGGCAAUUGCGCCGACCAGGUGAAGUUUAGUGAGUUGUCGAUGGACAUGUUCAGGAUGCUUCAAACCCUGGAGAGGGAGCCGAGGGACGAUCCUAACCACCUUCACGACGCGUCGCCGGCCGGCAGGAUGCCGUUCAGGCCCGGCGCGUAUCCGGGCGCGGAGAACGGGGCCCCGAGGCGGGACAAUCCGCACAAGUACCUGUUGUACAAGCCGACCUACAGCCAGGUACAGGUAUUCCUCGCGAGCGGCUUCAAGGAGCUGCCCGCUAACGGGGCGCUGUUGCUCUACUUGUCGGCGGACGGCUGCUUCUCCACCGUCAAGCAUCCGGAAGAAAUGGGGUACGACCUGGGUGGCGUUUCCACGUGCAGCAAGAGGGACCCGGAGCACGGGAAGAGGCCGACAGGUGGGAAGGAACCGCACUGCCUAUAUCCGGGUGACCUCUACCCGUUCACGAGGAAACCUCUGUUCGUGGUCGUCGACUCGGACAACAGCUUCGUAUUCCAGCAGAUACCUCGUUACUUCGGCCAACCGUUGAUGGUGCUGAUGUCGCCUCAGGACACGCCGCCCACGCUACGCGACAUUCGACACAGUGGCAGCCUGUUCACUCUAUUUCUCCACGCCCCCCUAGCCGCGUUUUGCCUUAUAUGCAACAUCGGCAGUCUGGCCGUGCACCACUGGGAGCGGUGCCAGCGUUACAUCGAGCGAUUCCUCAUCGAGGCUUGUCAGCUCGUCACGCACUCCAGAUGCGAGAGGAGAAAAAGAGAGAGAGAGAGAGAGGGGCUCGUUUUUCACGCGGAUAAGACUUGGACGGCGUUGAAUUUGGAGAAUCGAAAAGAUUCAACCAAGGGAGAGAGAUACCUUAGCGGGAUUCCACCCCUCCCCCUCUAUCUGGUACAAGGGUUAUCAACGCUUACGUAAUCCCAGCGAGAAGUUUCUUAACCCUUCUUCUGCAUCGAGGUCGAGAGAUAAACUUAUCGCGGACAUUCCUGAAAAAUCGCGAAAAUUUAUUUUACCGGGCGCGAGAGUUUUCGUAAAAAUUUACGAAAGGGAGCACGAAAAAAAAAAAGAAAAGGAAGGAUCAAGUCGGCGAACUGACGUCCCCGAUCGUCGCUCGAGCCGGGAAAAAGAGGGUCAAAAUUCUGAAACGAAACGGAACGAGCGUACAGAGUGUUCGAAAGGUGUCUCGUCCGUAAAUCGAUCUAUUGUGAGAAGUUGUUUAAUUUAAAAUUUACGCGAUUUUAUUUUAUUCUCCCUCUUCUCUUUCUUCUUCUUCUUCUUCUUCUUCUUCUUUCUCCUCCUUUCUCGAAAUUUUAACGAAUUUUACGGAGAGAGAAACGCCAGCAACCACCAGUAUAGAAUAUCUCACUUUUCGAAAAAAAAAAUUCCUCCACCUCGAAGAGCCUCAAAGAGUAAUUUAAUUUCCAAAAAAAAAAAAAAACCACCAACCUCAAACCACCACCAACAAAACUCUCCAAAGCAAAGCAAAGAGGAAGAAAGAGAAGAAAGAAACGAAGAAAAAAAAUUACCACGCGCGCAACCGCAACGGAGACACCUUUGCAAUCGUCUGUACGUAUACACACACAUAUGUCAUAACGUCGAAAGACCGAAAAAAAAAGAAAGGAAAAAAAAGAACCCCGAGAUAAAUAAAAUCCUUAAGCGGAGAUCUGACCGAGCGCUUUUACCGGUCCACGCAGAGACCAGCGUGUUGCAAUUCUUCGGCGACGAUUUCCUACGACUGUUGCUGGUGCGCUACGUGUUCUGCGACGUGGUGUUGAAUCUGCACCGGUCGUUCAGGGGUCGGCAGCAGAGGCCCCGUUGCCAUCCGCCGCUGCCCGACGCGGAGGUCCUCGAGCAUCCCACCCUCCAUCACCUGGUGCUCGACCUGGCCGCCUGCCUCGACUGCCGCGACCACUUUCCGGACAGCAACGAGCUCGCCUGACCCAGGCAUCUCCCCUGCCCGGCACCUCACGAGUCCACGUCCCUGUUGCCGGCGUACACCCACGACUACGAUUACGAUUACUGUAACUAUAAUUGCAACAAUAAAAUCGUUACACUGAGACCUCAUUAAACCGCGUCUAAACGAAGGAGAAACAAGGAUGUUUAAAUAUAUAACGAUGAUAAGGAUAAGUAAAAAGAGGUAAAAAAAAAAAAAGGGGGGAAAGAAAGAGGAAGGAGUAUAGAGUAUAAAGUAGGAACGCUAAAUGGAAGAAAUCACGUGUAUCGUCGCUCGAUAAUAUCGCGAUGUAUUCGUUGUGGAUAUCGUCGACGCCGUCUCAGGGUAACCCGGCGUCGUAAUUUUUCAUCGUCGUAAUGUCGUCCACCGUCGAUUCGACGAUUCGUCGACGAUACGUCCGCGAGUUCACGCCGCGUCGGUCUUCCGAUUCGCUCGUCGUCGUCGGUCCGGGUGAAGGUGAAACAAAGACAAUGCGACGCCGGAUAGUAACCGACGCGUUUAUCUCUUUCCGUGGAGAGAGAACGCGUGGAAAACGUAAACACAGAGGGAAGAGGAGGAGGAGAACGAACGAACGAACGAACAAACAAACAAAGGGAAUGAAAAUUUCUCGUGAAUUCGUGGUUCUCCUUUAAGACUCGUUCUUAUGUUAAUCGCGACAUACCGCUGCCAGUUUUUUUGCUACGGAUUAGUAAACGAAACACAAAAAAAAAAA